AAGGCCUUCCCAGCCGCUCCACCCCAGCAAAUAAAGGCGGCCCAGCCAGCCACGAGCUCCUAGACGUCCCUGUGCCCCAUGCCCGCCAUGUCCCGCCCCUGCGCGCUGCUCACCUGGACCCUCCUCACCCUCCUCGGGCUCGGAGUGGCUCAAGAAGACUUGACCUCAUGCGGCCCCAUCAUGCCCCGGAGAGAGUGGGGCCCCCUGGCAUCCACGUGCGAACGGCGCCUGAACCUGCCCGCGCGCUACGUGGUGGUGUCACACACGGCGGGCAGCCCCUGCGGCACCCCCGCCUCGUGUGUGAGGCAGGUCCAGAACGUGCAGAGUUACCACGUGCGGAAACUGGGCUGGUGCGACGUGGGCUACAACUUCCUGAUCUGAGAAGACAGGCUUGUGUAUGAGGGCCGGGGCUGGAACACCCAUGGCGCCCACUCAGGUCGCACCUGGAACUCCAUCCUCAUCGGCAUCAGCUUCAUGGAUAACUACAUGGAUAAGUGACGGGCACCCCCACUACAAGCCCUCAGGGCGGCCCAGAGUCUGCUGGCCUGUGGCGUGGCCCAGGGAGCCCUGAUGCCUGACUACGAGGUCAAAGGUCACCGGGAUGUGCGGGACACGCUCUCUCCAGGUGACCAGCUCUACAGAAUCAUCCAGACUUGGCCACACUACAGGGACUGAG